UGCGCCCGCACGCUUCUCCAGGGCGCUCCCUUGCGGCUCCGGCGAGCGCGUCCCUCGGCGCCAGUGGCAGCCGCUCCUCUUUCCCCGGUCCCCUUUCCUGCUAUCUCCGGGUUCCGCCGUCUCCGUACCCCGCGGUGCGGGGCCCUGGCCUGCAGGUGAGAAGAGGCGCCCACCGCUGACCUCCGAGCUCACUUUGCAGCCGGGCUCGGGGCAGCGCGGCGACCCCGCUCCGGAGCGCCUCUGUGCCCCGCAGGAUGAAGAACCCGAUGCUGGAGGCGGUGUCCUUACUGCUGGAGAAGCUGCUCUUCAUCUCCAAUUUAAAACUUUUCAGCCUGGGCUCCCCGGACGGAGACAAAAGGAGCAACCGAUUCUACGAGGUCAGUUCUUUCCUCCGCGGUGACGUGCUGGAGGUGCCCCGGACCCACCUGACCCACUACGGCAUCUACCUGGGCAACAACCGUGUCGCCCACCUAAUGCCUGACAUUUUGCUGGCCCUGCCCGCCAACAAGAAGCGCACCCAGAAAGUGGUGUCUAACAAGCGUCUCAUCUUGGGCGUCAUCGUCAAAGUGGCCAGCAUCCGCGUGGACACAGUGGAGGACUUCGCCUACGGAGCCGACGUCCUGGUCAAUCACCUGGACGAGUCCCUCCAGAAGAAGGCGCUGCUCAAUGAGGAGGUGGCGCAGAGGGCGGAGGAGCGGCUGGGCUUGUGCCCCUACAGCCUGCUGUGGAACAAUUGUGAGCACUUUGUGACCUACUGCAGAUAUGGCACCGCGGUCAGCCCCCAGGCCGACAAGUUUUGUGAGUACGUGAAGAUAAUUAUUCGUGAUCAGAGAAGUGUUCUUGCCUCAGCCGUCUUAGGACUGGUGUCCAUAGUCUGCAUGGGUCUGGCAUCGUUUGUUACCUUUCCUGCAAUUCUUAUACCCUUCUGCUUAUGGAUGUCUGGGUAACUCAUCUACCCAUGUCAACGUGUUCGCAUUCUAUGUACAAAUGUGUUUAUAUUUAUAGAGCACAAAUCACUAUAAAUAUUGCUGAGAAAAAUGUGACCUGUAAACUGUGUUCUGAAUAAUAAUGUGGUUAAAAAUCACAUAAAGUGCUUACCAUGUAAGACCAAGAACAAAAGAUUUCUAAUCUCAUCAAACACCCUUCAGCCCUCAGAAACGUGACAACUUGUGACAGAAUUCAGCAAUAUAGGACAAUCACGUGAGGUGGUAGCCAUAGGAAAUUUAUUUGUGUAUUUUUAAUUUUCUUUCCCUGUAAUCAUUCUUCCGUAUUCUAUCAGGCCCAGAUUUGAAGAUUGCAAGACUUAAUAAGAUUGCUCACUUUAUUGUAAGUUUAUUUUGCUUUAUUGAAAGACAUAUUAAACCAAAAACAUUUUCCUCAUUCAGAUGAAAACAUGUUGGAUUAGCAAAACCAAAACAAAAGUAAAAAAAAAUUACCAAAACUCAAUUUGUUUUUUUCACAUAUCACCUGUACUCCCCAGUAAAUCAAGAAUAUUGUAUUUUCAUUAUAUGAAACUAAUAUUGGCAAAGUUAAGGUUUGAUGAAAAAGUAACUGACCAGAAAGUGUAGAAAUCUGUGCUUUCCUGCAGCAAUCACUACUAUUGUGUAUCUAGUCACUAUUUAUAUUUGAACAUUAUACUUACAAGGAGACCUGGCAUUUGUUAAUUUUUUGCCUUUUAUGCACCCUUUUGGCUAAAACACUGAGGAAUAAAUGGAUAUAGGACUGAAGUACUUUGAGUAUCUGCUGUACAUGGGUGUAUCAAAUGAAUAUGCAGAUACUCACAUCCACAUAGGUUGAAAGACAAAUUAAGUUUGAUUUUCCUCGCUUUAUUUUACUAGUACGAUUAUUACAGAGCAUGCCUUGAAGUGAAUAUAAACACAAGUCCCAUCUGUUUUCUUGUUCCUUGUCAUCCGCAGAUAUAUGUCAUUGCAAGGGUUACAUUUAAAGUGUUUACUAAUGCCCUGCAUAAUUUCUUAAAGCCCUUACAUUUGCUUUGUGGUCAGCUUUCUGCAUUUCGUUUAUGGACAUAGCUUAUGUGUUUAGUAGGAUGGAUACUACAAUAGCAGUGUCUGAAACCCAAAUGAGUAGGAACCAAAAGAAAUUGCUGUUUUUAUGUGUGUUAGUCCUGCCAAGUUGAUUUCACUGUGGCUGUUAAGAUACAAGAGUUGAGAGGCAGCAGUGAUAAAACAAGCUAUCCAGUACUUCUGUCAAAUUACUAAAUUCUGAAAAUUAAGCCACAAGCUAGACUUGCAUUUUGACCAUUAAAAAUGUUUUAGUAACAGAAUCAUGAAACAGUCAUAUGAGUGGUAUUGAGAGGGUGAGGUCUAGCAGCCAGUGAUCUGAUCAGAGCAAAUUUAAAGAGCAGAUUUUAGUUAGCCUAGGUUUAUCACAACAAAUUCAGUGGCAGUGUGAUAAUAAUUAAACUUUGCCUUCACUUAUUCAGCUUACAUAUUUAUUUAAAUAGCCUAAAUAACUGAAGCAUUGAAUGGCAUCACCAAAGAAUACAGAUGCUCUAUGGCCCUACUUCUGCUGUCUAAAAUUACGUAGAAUCUAGAUUGGAUUUGUAAAAGCAACCACUGUGAGAAGUGCUGUGCUCUGGAAGCCUGAGGCGGGAGGACUCAAGUUCAAGCCUAAGGUGGGCAACUUAGUGACUUAGAAGAUCCUGUCUCAAAAUAAAAAUGGAAAAGAAACAGUAGGAACGUAACUCAGUGUGAAGGCCUAGAGUUCAGUCCCUGGUGGUGCAUGUGGGUGUGCACACGUGCAUGAGGGAGCACACACAAAAAUACACUCGCAAAAGAGAAUCAUUGUGUUAGUGAUUUUUCACUUCUACUUGUAGCAAUUGUUUAAAUAAAUUCUUUUUUUUUUUUUUUUUUGGUAGUAGGGAUCAAACUCAGGACCUUGCUUUUGCCAGGCAGGCACUUAGCUAUAUCCCUGGCCUGAGCUAUAUUCUGGGCAUCAUUUCUUAAAUGCAGGGUUCUUAUAAAUAAUUAACUUUUUUGCAUCUUUAGUAUUGCAGUCAGAAAAAAUAAAGGCUCCCCAAAACUCUUGAAAUGAAGCCUGUGUCCAAAGAUUAUAGUAUCUCAUUAAAUGUCAAGAAAAUUCUUAGGGUUAUAGUGAACAAAGAUCGGUUCAUCAUUUGAGUGGUCCUGCUUUGCUAGCCACUAACUGGCUGCAAUUUCAUGCUUUAGAAUUAGUACUGGUUUUUUUUGCUUGGCUACAGUACAGCGUAUAUACACACAGGAAUAGAAGGGAAGGAGCAGGUGAGUCUGCCUGAAGGGCUGCAGACGUGGUACUUGAAGGAAGUGUGGAGCUGGGAAAUAGCACAAUACUGCAUGGUGUGCUCACCUGGAUGUGGGAAAGGGAAGCAGGCACAAACUUUUACUCACUGAACACCAGAGUGUAGGGUAAAUGGUGGAUUUUCUUGUGAUCAGAUUGAUUAAUUGCUUACAAGGUAGAAAGAAGCACCCCUCCCUGACUGUAGUUAUGAAGAAACCCCUUGUAAGAUACGGGUACCCCAACUUGAGGCAGUUGGUAGAUUUCUCUGGACGUCAUCAGUUAAGUUUCAUCCUUAGGGUCCUGCAAAUCUCUUAUCUCUUCGUAUUUCUCUUCUAACUUGUGCAGUGAUAACCAAGGAAUGUCUGCCAAAGCUUUUGUUGCUUUUUUAAUUUUUCUCUGUAGUUGCAGGCUGAAAGGACCAGCUGGGCUAAGAUGAGUUAUGCAGGUGUGAAGUGUCAGGUGUUGGGCAGGUGUUAGGGAUGGACAAAGGUAUGAGAUGUGAACCUCUUCCUUUGGGCUCAGGACCAAGGAGACAGAUCUGUUACAACCUUCUGCAGUUAACAUCUGAACUGAGCAUGGUUAGUUAUUAACUGAUCUGCCGAAAUUAUCUGGACUGUGUACUGAGGCUUGAAAGGUGGGGGUGUAUUCUCUAGGAGACAGAUUUGGGGCAGGAUAUUCCAUGCACUGGGGUUGGCAUGGGCAAAGCAUGAAACUCCACAUAACCUACAUAGCCAAUGAGGUGCUCCACUACAGGAGGCUGCCAAGGACAUUCAGGAAAUGCAUGGGGCUCAAGGGCCAGAGCACCGCAAGGUUGUGAGCAGAGAUGAGAAUAAAGUCAAAGUGGUGCAACUCCCUGUAGACCGUGUGAUCUGGACUCUGAACAGGCAGUAGAGAUUUGUGAUACAAUAAAGUGACUCUGAAAAACUAUAGUGGAAGGAUAAGGGGACCCUGGGGCAAGGCUGGAUCAAAGGACCAAUUCAAAGACUUACUUAAGAUCCUCAAUCUUCAAAUAAGGGUCGCUAAUUGUGAUGGUAGAAAGCAGACACAUUAAAGAAGUACCAAUAGACUGUAGCCACAUGCAUUCAUUGGACUCAUGAUUAAUUCUGGGUGGGAUGUUAGAGAAGAGUCUUGCAUGCUUUGUUCCUACAAACCGUUGAUUUUUGCAAAGUAAAUUAACUUGAUGGUUAUAUGUAUUGGUUGCCCCUCAUCUCUGCUCUGCUAGAUAGGUUUUUUCCUAAGGGCAAGCAAGUGUGGAUUUAUUUAAAAAUUGUCUUCAGAAUACAGACGCAGUACCUUUAUUCCUUUUCAUAUUGUUAAUGUCAAGUAUCACAAAAUGUUUUCCUACAGCAAGUUCUAGCAAUGGCAAAAGUCUUUUGUUAUAGAUGAGAAGCCCAUGAGGAAUGGUGGCCAAUCUUUGUCUCACAUGAAUGAUCUCAUUAGAGAGUUUUACCCUGCCUUGAUUGUCAGCUAAACUAAUUACAUAUUUGAUAAAUAUGUGUGUUGAAUAAAACCAGUUUUACAUA